AUUCUAAAUUCUGAGUAACACGUUGCCUUCAUUUUCUAACUCAGAAGCAAUAAGUACACUUCGGAAAGCUAAAAGAAAUGGCUGACAACAACAAAGAUCAGAAGCCUGGAGUCUUGGGCAAUGUAAGUGAGAAACUUCAGGAGGUUGGUCACACUGUACAAGAAAAGUUAGAGCACGCAGGACAAGUCAUCACAGAGGAAUAUAACAAAAGAAUGCAUCCUGAGGAGCAGGAAAAGGACAAAUCAAAGGUUGAAGAAAUAAAAGACACAGUAAAAGAAAAGGUAGAUGCUGCAGGAAAUAAAAUCUCAGAGGAAUGGAACAAGCGGGUGAAUCCUGAAGAAGAAAAGGAAAAAUCAACCACAGAAGAGGUAAAAGAUGCAGUUAAGGACAAAGUAGAGACUGCAAAAGAAAAGGCAGAGGAAGUAAAAGACAAGGCUUCUGAGGAAUGGAACAAGCGCAUGGGUUCAGAUGAAAAGAAGUAAAGAGGGAUGAUUUUUACCGUAUCUUUGGGUAUACGGAGUAGUUCAAACAUUCAGGGACUUUUUCACUCUAUCCUGGAUUCUUCAGGACUUAGUUGAUAUUAGUCUGUAUACCUCAAGCUACUCAAAAACCGGUACCUUUAUGUGUAUGAGUUUCUUUAUUUGUAUGUACUCUUAAUAUAUUGCAUAAAUGUCAGAUGUCAAGGAUGUAUAAAAACAAAUUUUAUGAUUUUGUUUUACUUAUGUUUUACAACUUUAUAAAACUAAUAAAGCAUCUUGAAGAUGA